AAAAUGGUUUCUGCACGUAGGUCGCAUCAUAGUGCCCUAGCCUAUUGGAAGUUUUGUUUGACGUUCGCGUUGCUUGUCACACGUUCUAAGUGCAGUACAUGCACUUUGGCUCACUGCGGACCAGGGUUGUUCACUCGCUUGAACGAGUUAUCACUGUAUGCAGGGCAUGCAUCGUAAUGUACAUGUACAUGCACAUACGGUACGUGAUAGUUGUUACUAGGCCUCUUCAGUGCCAGGCUUGGUGAUAAAACCAGUCCAUGAAAUCUCAUGCGAGGAAGAUGUCGAUCUUCCAAACUGUUGAUACAGCUUGUAAAGUUUUUUAGACUGAUGAAUAUGUCCGAUGAAUGUGACAUGUUGCGGUGUAUGAUGACUGCGAAGAGUACGGAUGGAUUCAGUAAAAGUUCAAUCAUUAUGCUGUUGCCUCUCAAACGGCUUCAUGCAAAGCCAGACUGCGAAGUUACGAAGUCAAUCAUUUCCACCUGAUACCAAUCAGUUUUAGAGGAAUAGCUACGAUGAUGUGAGGGUAAUAAAGUGUGUAAGUCUACGACCUAUACGGUGAGCACGGGUGACUGGAUCCGCACAAAGAUGUGUACUCUUGAAAAGCCUGUAAUUCCCAAAUCAGAUAUAAAGUAUUUUCUCCAACAUCGAUGGGACGAGACACCUGCUGUGAGUCAGCAGUUAGAUGGCCUGAAGGGAAAUACAACCAUUCGUGAUGCCUUGGACGAUUUCUACACUAGAGAGGUUGCAAUUCCUGAAACUUUAUCAGCAUUAAGGAAGGAGAAACUAGAUCAGAUCUUACCUGGCCUGAUUGCUCGAAUCCAGCGAAACAAUUCAAGAGUGAGAUGCCUGGAGCCUAUAUAUGUUGGAAGUAUUGCAGAAGAAUUAAAUAUAAGGAAGGACAGCGAUCUAAACAUAAUUUUACCUCUAUCAGUGGUUGGAACAAUUACGCCUAUCCCUGCAGAUCAUAAACCCGGAAUGUAUGAACUAAAGCUUCCUCGUUUGUUCAACAUAAAGGAAAUUAAUGAAGAUCGAUGGACAGGUUGGCGAGGAGAACGUGACUGUUUGUCACCCGUAUUAGCUAACCUGAUGUUCAGAAAGUUUAUCGCUAAAUGGCGUGAUGUCAGACAACAUACUGGAACAGUGGUGGAACCAGGUACUGAUGCUGGCAAAACUUCACCAGUUCGUAUUGUAAUCGCUUUCAGUGAUAAGCCAGUGUCUGAGAACAAUGACAUCCUGUCCAUUGAAAUUAUUCCUGGAAUAGCAAUCGGCAAAAAGAGUUCUGGUUACCGAAAGUUGUUUGUUGCAAAAGACUUCACCUUACGUAAUUCCUGCCAAGACUUGCUGUGGACUGCCGUGACAUACGAAAAUGAGAGGGUACUUUUGUACAAAGUGAACAAAGCGGACGACGGUUGCAGAUUAAGGGUUUUGAAGAUUCUUAAGGCACUAAGACGCAAAGAUGAAGCACUUGCCCAGCUCACAACCUACCAGAUGAAGCACGCCCUCUUACAUCUGUGUGACGAACAAGUUGAUCAAACUCAAUGGCAGAAACGAAAACUCGAGCAAUGCUUUAUAGAAAUAUUAGGAAAACUGGUCGAGUUUGUUGCGAAAAGAGAAUUACCUCAUUUCUUUCUUGACAAAUUGAAUCUUCUCGACAAUAUUCCAGAGAAAACGUUGGCAAAAAUAGAAAGCCGCUUAAAGGUGCUGUCCAAGCGGGAGAAAGAGCUUGGAAGACUUCUCCAGAAGGAAUGAGAACGUUACUCCAGUUCACAUCACACAGCUUCGAAAGAAUCAUCUACUAUUUUGACCAUCUUUCGUUUCGGAGCGAAACGAAACAUUCCAUUGUUGAAAGUUUACUGCAUGGUUGUUUAUAGAUAAAAAAUGCUGUAUUAUCGCAUACAUGACCAUACAUUUGAAGACGGAGGGCGGUGAUGUGGGAAAACUGCAGUUUUUAUAUUUUUUUCUGUACUCCAAUUCUUCAGACAUAAAACACUAAGUUGUACAGGGGCUGUCUUGGAAUACAAAAGUUAAAAACUGUCAUCCGAAGAUGCGCAUGACCAGAUGAAUAACACGAGAGCUUGAGAGCCAUGCAGAAUAACGGUUCCUUACUUUGGUCGCGGGGGGGGGCAUUAGGUUUUCAUGCUAUUGAUAAAUUAUUAUUUUAUGUUCAGAGUUUGCGUACCGAAAGUUCUCUGUAUAUUUUGAAUGAACAUUUUCCUUUUCUUCCUUUGCAAGCGGAGGGGGGGUAGAAACAGAUGCUUCUUUAUUCUCUCGAUAAAAGAAGUUACCGAAUAUUUUCUGUAUGUGUAAGAAAACGUAUGCAUUUGGUUUGUUCGUUUUGCUAUUUGUUGUUUAUUUUCUUCUUCGUUUUUAACCGUCUUGUGAGAAACCUACUUGAAAAUGACUCUUUACCCCUGUGAAAUCAACCUCGCUUUGAAAUAUUUUUUCAGAGCUUCCGUCUCCAGUCUUUUGCACUAGUGCUAAUUCGUUUGUAUUAGUUUACAAGUGUAAAGCAAAAAGCACUGCAAAGGAGGCCAGAUGCAGGAAUUGUUAGGGGAAGUAUCAGUAAUUUUCUCAUGGUGGAAAAAUUUGAGUUAUUUCCAUGCAGCUUUAAAAAACAAAACAAAACUUUUCUGAGAGGUGCGUUUAAAUUUGGUGCAUUAUUAAGCGCUUUAGGAAAAGAAAGUAUAUAAAAUAUUUUUAAAUCUCGUCGUUCUGGUCGAUAUGUCUGUUGUUGAGAGGAGUCAUUACCCUUUGGCUUUUGAGACCGUUGGCGUUUGAUCCGUCAAUGAUUAGACUUUCCGUGGCUGUUUUAUUGGAUCUCAUCACUGAAACCUGAGAUCUCCGGCGGCGGAACGAAUUGUGAAGUGGGGAGGGGGUGGUAGUUGUUAGACCAUCAGGCAUUAGCCAUUAAUAGGUCGAUGCACUGAACCCCACCCAAUUAUAGGACUUGCAAAAAGUGUGUGGGGGGGGUAGGCCCUCAAUUGAAAAAAUGCGGGGGGGGGCACUGGCCCCUCGGCUUCCGUCGCCAGUGCCCUGAGACUCCAUUUUCCCCCCAGGUGUUCGAAAUUCGGUUGGUUACUUGUUCGGUUUGAACAUUAACAAUGCUUAGAGUGCAUUUUGUAA